GACGCAUGUGUGCAGGCGGGGUGUGCGGCAGAUAAACGCAGCGAGUGAAGUGAACACAUAUUUUUGCAGGCAUUUUUUAAAUAAUAAAAGUACGGAUAAACUCUCGAAAACCAAAUAACGACCCUGAAACCACCUAUUUGUGUUGUUUUCUCCUCUUACAGGAUAUUGAAGUUCAAGCACCUGUAUCUACUCCUCAGUAUGACUGAGCCUGCUGAGCUGCUGCUCAUCAAGGACCAGUAUGAGUUGGCAUUUCACUCUCUGAGCCGUGGGCUGGCUGCUGAAGAGGCCGGGAAAAAAGCUGAGGCCCUGGAGUCUUACCGUAAAGGCCGACAGCACCUCACCCAAGGCUUGGGAGUUCCGACUGGGGGGGAAAGGCAUCAGGGAGCAUUCUGGGACAAGGCCAGGCAGCUUCAGCAGAAGAUGAGGGACACUGUGAGGACUGUUAACACCCACCUUUCUGACAUGGAGACCUCUAAGCAGACAACAGGAGCACAGAGAGGCGGCUUAUUGAUGGCUCUACCUCUCAAUCUUUAUCCCGACCUGGCACCGAGCAGCCAGCCCCCCCAAAGCUCCCUCCACCAUCUGUACCCCACCUUACCUACCACUACAGAGAGCACAAUCCCAAACCCCAAACUCCCUCCUAGGCCUCUUUCCCCUGCUGUUCUGCACACGCUCCCUGCUGGAACUAUGGCCAUGGCUAACCCAGAGGACCAACCUCCAGCAUACACCCCCCAGCCAACUGUCGGCCACUGCAGCCUGUCUUAUAGUUCUGCUGGAGGAGGCUUUGGGCUUGGAAGGCAGACUGGGGCAUCAGCAGGAAGAGAUGGAAACGAAUUGCUUUAUAUCCCCUCUGGGGUGCAGAUGUUUUUCGUGGCAGCGAAUGGGCAAGUGAGCGCCCUGUCAUACCCAGGCUUCCUUCGCAUCCUCACAUUUGAAAAUCAGCACAAGAAUUCCGAUGGUGGAAGACCCUCAGCUUUUCUACAUGUGUGUGACUGUCUGUACCCGCUGACAACAGACACUCCAGUGCUGUUGGCUAACUCUGGGAUCUUCAUGUUCCCUGACGUCUUGUCAGCGACUCCAGGGUCCUACGUGGGCAUAGUGUUGUCCUCUGAACUGCCUGCUGCCCAAAGACAGACGUUUCAGGACCUCAUCUCACAACUUACUGAACUCAGGGUCCAGGGUCCAGAGGGGGCAGGGUCAGAGGUCAUCAACCUGAGUGAGAAAGUCCCUCUUGGUCCCACGAAAGAGCUUGAAGGUCUGACAGUGCCAACAGGGGAGAAGGACGGACCACUACUUCCUGGAUGGAGUGAGAAAAUGGCGCAAGGAAUCUUGACAGGAGCUACACGGUUGAGUUUAGGGUUUGUAAAAGGAGCCGAGGCCACUGGAAGGGCCAUUCAUAGAGGAGCCGCCAAGAUCCGGGACCACAUCACGCCUGAGGAUACUCCUGCAGAGGUCAGCUCCCGUGUCACCAAAAGUCUUCAGGUGGCUAAACAGGCUACCGGGGGCGCUGUGAAAGUCAGCCAGUUCUUGGUUAAUGGAGUGAGUACAGUAGCAGGACACAUGGCAGAUAAGAUGGCUCCCCAUGUGAAGAAACAGGGCGCUAAGCUGGUCCCAGAGUCUCUGAAGAAGAGCAAAGAUGGUGCCCCUUCCAACUGGGAAGGAGCCAAGUUAGUGGCAGCAAGCAGUGUACAAGGUUUCUCUACUGUUUGGUCUAGUAUGGAGACAGGAGCAAAGCUGGUUGGCAAAAGUGUUUCAGCAGAGACUGUCACCACUGUGACGUACAAGUAUGGUAAUGAUGCAGGCGCAGCUACAGACACUGCUCUCAAAUCAGUGAUUAAUGUUGGUGUCACUGCAUACAACUUUGAUAAUCUGGGCAUAAAAGCCUUCUUGAAGACUGCCGGGAAGCAGACAGCCAAAGCCAUGGUCAAAGGUCCAGGAGGACAAGCUGAAGGGAAGGAGGCUCAGAAACGAGAAAAGCAAGCAGAGUCAAACGGGAAGGAAAAGCAAAAGAAAGAGGAGGAAGAGAAGAAGAAAUAAACUUGACACAGCACACUUUCUGCCUUGUUUGGAGUUUUCUUCCAGAUUAAUGGCAAACAUUUGCAAGUUGAUACAUCGAAAUAGGAACAAUAUUUAGCCCAAGUGCAAUUUUACAUCACAAGUUGUUAAAUAGCCUACUAAGUAUUUUAAUAGGAGCAGUCAGGGUUCAAGUUUUAUGACAUUCUGUGUGUUCUGUCUGUCUGUAAAGUUGUUGUUAUCUGGCUUUUAUUUAAUCAUCUCUUUGUGUUUUUAAUGUUUUCUUUUACAAUUGUAAAGCACUUUGUCACUGUGUUUGGCUGCAUUGGGUUAUGUGAAAUAGUUUGUAGGAGUUUUUUUAUGCUUUGUAUUACGUUGUACUUAUAUGUACACAUGUUGUGUACGUUAGGCUUAUGAUAAACAUUAAUGAACUGAAUGAAAAUUAAAUCAAUUUAUUUUUGUCCCAGCAGACAUGUAUAUUGAACAUCUGUAGGCCUAUGUGUACUGUAUCAACCUGGUCAUAAUAAUGUAAAGCAGAAUGCAAUACAUGAACAUUCUAAACAGUGA